AUGGGGUUCAACUACGACGAUGUGUCCGAUUGCUCCGACAUCAGCUCAUUAGCGUCCAACUCCCCGCGUUCAUCGCCCGCGCCCGAAAGUCGGUAUCCCUCCCCGUCAUCCCAACUGGAGGCCGAGUUUGAGCAGUCGGCCGCUGAGAGUUCUUCUGCACGCCAAGCCCGUCCCGCAAAGAGGAGACGCAACCCACUCCCCAAGGAACGAACCACUCAAUAUCUCGAUCUCUCCAAAUCCUUGCACGAACAAUGUGACCAACACCACCUACUGGUCCAAACUCUCCGCCAUCAAAAAGAUGUCGUCGUCAUCGCAGGCGCCGGAAUUUCGACCGCCGCGGGCAUUCCGGAUUUCCGCUCGGGAGAUGGCCUCUUCCGGUCAUUGCAAAAGAAACACAACCUCAAAGCAUCCGGCAAGCUGCUCUUUGAUGCGGCCGUCUACCAGGAUGACGCUUUGACCGCCCCUUUCCACGAAAUGGUCCGUUCGCUGUCCGAGGAUGCGCAAAAGACCAAGCCCACCGCCUUUCACCGAAUGCUGGCCCGAUUGGGAACGGAGGGUCGUCUGAAGCGACUCUACACCCAGAACAUCGACGGGAUCGAGACCCAGAUGAAACCCUUGGCCACUGACGUUCCUCUGAAUAUCAAGGGCAACUGGCCCGUCACCAUUCAAUUGCAUGGCAGCAUCGAGAAGAUGGUUUGCCAAAAGUGUCGCUUCCUAACUGACUUCAACCGUGAUAUGUUCACCGAGGCCGAUCCCCCUGCCUGUGAGGAGUGUGCGAUCAACGACGAAACGCGCCAGAUCGGGGGUCUCCGCAGUCAUGGAAUCGGACGCAUGCGCCCGCGCAUUGUUCUUUACAACGAGCACAACCCCGACGAGGAGGCCAUCACCUCCGUCAUGAACGCCGACAUCAAAUCCCGCCCCCGUGUCUUGAUCGUUGCCGGAACCAGUCUGAAGAUUCCCGGCGUGCGUCGCCUCGUGAAGAGCAUGUGUGCAAUCAUUCGCGGUCGCAGGGACGGAGUCACCAUGUUCGUCAACAAUGAACCCCCAAGCGGCAAGGAAUUCGACGACUGCUUCGACCUGAUUGUUCAAGGAUCCUGCGAUGAAGUAGCCAACCAAGCGAACCUGAAGUGCUGGGAGUCCAGCGACAGCGAGCUUUGCGAGUACGAGUCCUCGCCCGAGCCCAUGCCCCAGCUCGCCAGUACCCUCAAGACCCACACGCGCCCUACUUCCAAUGUUGCGGUGGUCAUCACGCCCUCCAAGAAACGCACCCGCGACGUCACCGGUCUCCUGUCGCCAUCUUCUGGUCCAGACGAGCAGCCCGCGAAGAAACGCGCCACGAAAGCGAUCAACCCCAAGGCAACCAACAAUCCAGCCAGCAGAGGUCGCUCCAUCGGGGAGCUUCUCAAGAACCAACCCAAGGCUGCGUCGAAGACGUCUAGCGCACCCAAGUCCGCACCCAAAUCCGCACCCAAGUCCGCGCCCAAGCCCGCCGCCAAAUCUACCGCCAAAGCUGCUGCGAAGAAGCCCGCCGCUACCACUGCUGCCGCGAAGCGUGGCAAGAAGGCACCCGCUCCUGUCAAACCCAACACCACCAUCACUGCAUUCAAGAAUACCCGUGUCACCAAAAACUCCCUCGCCGCAGCUACUUCCGACUCCAAGCUUUCCGCCAAGAUCAUGUGUCCUGUCCUUCCCGGAGAUCCCAAGAACAAUGGGACUUUGGAUAUUCCCGCGAUCGACUCCGAGGGCAAGCCGGGCAAGACAGAUAUCAACAUCCACUCCAUUGCUUCAAUUGUCUCUUCAUAA